AUCUACUUAUUUAUAUUCAGGCACCUCUGUCAAUUAGUCCACCUGAUCUCAUACUGGUGUUCUUACCGCGCAAUCCCGGUUCCAAAAUCCCCCACCCUUCGUCCUUCCGAUUGCACGGUUAUUCUUCCUACUCUUGAUCCUACGAACCCGGAUUUCGCCGAAUGCCUGGGGACAUGUUUGGUCAAUGCCCCAAGCACAAUCAUCGUCGUUACUGCAGGUCAAGAGUGCACGAAGUUGACGAAGGAGGCGGUUGCUUCUUUUAAGCUGGGCUUCCCGCGUACGAAGAUUUCGGUCAAAACCGCGAGCGAGGCAAACAAGCGUCUGCUGAUUGUCCAUGGGCUUCGAUAUGUCCGAACUAAGGUCACAGUCCUAUUAGAUGAUCGCGUCUUUUGGCCAUCGACUCGAUUCCUUCCUGCCCUUCUGGCUCCCUUCGAAGAUCCUAAAGUCGGGGCGGUCGAGGGCAACACACAGGUCCGCCGGACUGAGAAGGGCUUCAAUAUGAAAUCCUUCUGGAAUAUGAUGGAGGUGCUCUUCUUGGAGCGGGAUCAUCUGGAUACCCGGGCGACAAAUGCUAUCGAUGCUGGCCUCUCUCUCCUUUCCGGGCGGACCUCUGCCCAUCGCUCCGAGAUUCUUACAGACCCCAGCUUUACUUCGGCUUUCCUGAAUGAUCGAUGCUUUUCUGAUAAGCUCGGCCCGCUGAACGCGGAUGACGAUACUUUUAUCACCUGCUGGAACGUUCAACACGGAUGGGACAUCAAAAUCCAACACUGCCACGACGCGCUGAUUGAAACUACACUUGCUACAGAUCCAAACUUCAGGCCCCAAUGUGCCCGGGUCCUACAGAAUACCUGGCGCAGGAACUUGGCCCGUCUUUUCGCCAAUGAAAAACCGUGGUAUCGUCAGUCCUGGUGUGUAUUUGCCAUUUACCUUACUUCAUUCGUCAAUCUGGCGCUUCUCUGCAACCCUGGCUUCAUCUACAGCAUACUAACACACCCUCUCGGACUCCACCAAACCGCUCUUAGCUAUCUGCUAAAAUGGAUUUUUUUCACGAAGAUGGUCAACUUGAUCCCGCACUAUUUACGUGAGCCACAGGAUCUGGUCAUGCUGCCUGGAUAUGUUGCUUUUGCUUAUGUGAACAGUGUGGUCAAGAUUUACGCCGCGCUGACGUUUUGGAAAAUUAACGCAGCUGGC